AUGUGGACUUUUCAGCAGCAACCUUCACUGACGCUGCAGGAGCAGCGGGAGCUCGUGCUGCAACAGCAACAGCAGCAACAACAGCAACAACUGCUGCAGAGGCACCAGCAGCAAGGCUAUGGAGGCGUCGUCAGUCUUGCGCCUGGACGCCUUAUUCAGCAUCCCGCCCCCCUCGACUCCACCAAAUUGCUGCAUCAUGCCCCCCAGUCGCUUACCAACAGCAGCGUGGCUUUGGCAUCCAGGCAAACCUCAUGCGGUCCAAGCCGCUCAGUGAGCAGCAGCGAAGACAUCAGCAGACAAAACAGCAGCGCCAACACCACUGCUGGCUUCUCUCUCGCGCAGGAACGCGAUUUCCGACAAAAUGGAAACAUCAACAGCAGCAGCAACAUGGGGCCUCCCUAUCUCGAGGCUUCACACCCCCAUGCUGAAUCUUUUGCUGCCCAGUUGCUCCCUGACACAGCUGCAGCGGCAGGAGGUGGAGUCUCCGCUGGCACCGUUCUCUCUGGGGAGUCGAAUCCGCUGCCUCCCGAUGAGUUGAUUUCCGGUUCAACCCCUGCUCCUCAGCCCGAGGAGGGGGCCCCCCCCCCCCACGCGGGAGGGGGCCUCUCUACAGGCUUCCUAGGGGCCCCCCAGGGAGGCGCCUAUCUGCGGUUCAAGGGCAGAAGCAAAUCCUGCUUCUCCGUUGCGGAGGAAGGCGAAGUGCCUCCAGGCGAUCUGCGUCGACGACGCAUGAGCGACGGCGGCACUGCAGGCGGAAGAGGCCUCUCCGGCUUAGCAGCGGCAACAGCAGCAACAGCAGCAACAGCAGCAGCUGCUGCUGCUGCUGCAGGAGGAGGGGGGGCAGCAGCCUCUGCGACAGCAGCAAACGGCACAAACUCUCAGGGUGUGAGCGGCCUGCUCACUCUAAGCCUCGAGGCUACAACUCUAGGAGCUUCCGGAGCUGCGCAACCUACCGACGUCUUUAGCCGCAUGGAGAUCGCAGCCGUUCCAGAAGGCGGAGUAAGCACAGCCGUCGGAACGCAUGUUCAAAUGCCUUUGCAAGAAGUCUUACAGCAGCCGCAGACGGAGUCUGCUCGCGCAGCGGAGGCUGCAGCGGAGGCUGCAGCGGAGGAAGCAACUGCUGCCGCUGCAGAUGCAGCUGCCGCUGCUGCUGCUGCCGCAGUUGCAGCUGCGAAAUCUGCGUCGAAUGAGGCCGAAGCAGCGGCUUUGGAGGCACUGGCAGCUGCGAAGGAGGUAGCAGUAGCCGCGGCUAAAGCCCCCCAGGUUACUCCCAGCGGUUUAAUUGCCCCCCCCCCCUGUGUCUCUUCAACGCAUCGAACCCCCCACCCACCCAAUCACCACCUUCUCUGCCACCACGGUACGUUUGCAACAGGCAGACUUGGUGCCUUGAGGCUCAUGCUUCCUCGAAAGGGAGAGACAGAGAGAGAGACAGAGAGAGAGACAGAGAGAUCCGUCUUACAGCCUCGUGCCUUGCGCUGCCUUCCCUGUUGA